AUGGGCUCGUUGCAGGUACUGAAGCAGGCGAACUCAGAUAUCAAGCUUCUCUGGAGUUCGGCCUUCCUGCGUUUGAUGUCCUAUGGGCUCACAAAUCAAAUACUGACUCUCUUUUUAAGAGAGAUAGGCAUCUCUGAGGAACAAAUGGGGUGGUUUAUGUCUUUAACGCUAAUAGGGGAUGUUUCUAUAUCAUACUUUUUAACAUGGCAUGCUGAUUCGUGGGGAAGAAGGAAGACAUUAACGUAUGGCGCCGUUAUGAUGAUCAUGAGUGCGGGUGUUUUCACUUAUUUCGAAAACUAUUAUAUCCUAUUGCUGUUUGCCAUAUUUGGAGUCAUAUCACCUUCUAGUGACGAAGUUGGUCCUUUCAAAUCAAUUGAGGAAUCGAUGAUUGCUCACCUCACACCCCACAAUAUGAGACCUGAAGUCUAUGCAAUGCAUUCCUUACUUGGAACGCUGGGAAGUGCAUUGGGAUCCAUAAUUUGUGGAUGGUUGAUCUCACUAUUUCAGGGCUUUGGUAUUUUUAAUAGCGAUUUGGCAUGUUACAAAGCUAUAUUUGCUAUCUAUGGACUCCUUGGAGUUGGAAAACUAAUAACUAUACUGUGCCUAUCACAAUCUGCAGAUUUCGAGUCUCACCAUGAUGAGCAACCUGACGUCGUUCAGGUCUUAGAAGAAGAUACGCCUUUGAUCGACGUUGAUCUGAGGAAUAAGAGGAAGCUUUCACCAGACACGAAAUCGGUUUUGAUAAAGUUAUUAGUAAUCUUCAUGCUGGACUCCUUUGGUUAUGGUUUCAUGACUAGUGCAUGGUUAGUAUAUUAUUACUCCACUUACUUUAACAUGACAGCACUAGCGCUCGGAGUUCUAUUUUUUGUUGCGAAACUUGUAAUGGCGCUAUCUUCGAUGCCAUCCUCAGCAUUAGCAAGAACUUUCGGACCUGUCAAGGCGACAUUAAUCGCUCAAGUUCCUUCUGCUGUUUUCUUCAUCCUAAUUCCAUUUACCGAACACCAUCUAUCGUUAUCAAUUCUAUUUCUUAACCUUUACAGUUUGACAUCGGCGAUGGAUGUAACUCCGCGACAAAUAUUACUUACUACAAUAAUCAAGCCUAGAGACUUAACAAGAGUAAUGGGUGUUGUAAACAUUGGCAAAACGUUUGCACGUUGUGUCGGUCCAAUAUUUACGGGGAUUUUAGCUAACCGAGGUCUCCUCUGGCUCUGCUAUGUUUUAAGUGGAUUAUUUGUAAUCUUAGCUGAUUUCAUAUUGGGUGUUCUGUUCAUCAACGUCGAUUCUGAGAUUAUAAAAAAGACGAAUGCUUGA